GGCAACCACAAAAAGUGAACCUAUGGAAGAAAACAAAGAAGAAACAUGGUGCAGAUGGUAAGAAUUAUGCACUACUCACACAAGCAGAAGACAUAUGCACUAAUGAAAUUACUCCAGCUCCUUACACUGUCAACAUUCAUGGAACGGAUUCUUCCAGAUUCAAUUAUGAUACCAAUUUGGAAAAUCCGAGUUGCAAAAACUAAUUAGAUAGAGCGGAGAUUAGGUCUCUUUCAGAUAAGGUUGUUAAUGAUACAGAAAAUGCCAGAGAGGUUGACGGAGCCUACUUUCGCUCUUAUUUCAUUCCUAAAGACCAGAGUCAGAAGACUCCAGACCCUAGUGAGGUCACUAGAGCUUGGUAUCAAAUGAAAAGUAAAGAGAAAAGGGAAGUGAAAGUGGUAAACCUUCAUGAGAUAUCUUCCAAGUUACUUGGGCCUCCAACUUCGAAGAAGGAACUUGAAUCCCAUGCAAUGCCUCAUGAGAAGAGAAGAAAACAGAACCUUCAUAUGCUAAAGGAGAUAAUCGAAAACCUCACUGUGAAGAGGCUCAAGAAUCAAAUGCUCCGACUCGUCCAAAUGGUGUUAAACCAAAGGAGGGCAUAGAGCAUCAUCAUUCAGAGAGUUCGACAAAUACUUCCCAGAGCAAAAGAGGUAAGAGGGAUCGAUCGCAAAGUAAGCAACCCAGAGUGAAUGGUGGGAGAGGUUCUGGUGCUAAUCCAGGGGAAGUAGUGAACCCCAUGGUUCAUCAGAAGUCGGCUGUUGCAGGAUCACUAUCCAAGAAUAAUUCAUCUGGUGAUGGCUUGGAAAGCUAUCAUUUUCCAUAUCCACUCAACCAAUCACCUGCCAGCUCCCCGGGGAUGCAUCCCGAUCUCUCAGUAUCUCCUGUCUACUCGGAUGGGGAAAGUGGUGCAGUUUUGGACAGCAUGAAGAGAAAUGGUAUUAGUGGUCAAGAAGGCAUGAAGACAUCAUUCUCCUCAAGGAUUCCACUGGACACAACUCCUGAAAGUACAAAGAGAUACAAGAAGGCCAAGCUGGAUGUUGAAUCACAGUCUGAGGAUUUGGUCCCCUUGAGUCCGAGUAUAUAAGAUGAUGAAAUCUUGAAAACCUUAUGUUACCAUGGUGGCACGCUUUCUUUUUUCAAUGCGAGCAAGUUCAUAUUUCUUGUUUGUGGUUUUUGAUCCCUCUGGAGUUGUUUGUGGCUAUGCAAAAGUGGGUUGAUCCUUUGAUGUGGAAUUCAUCAUUUUUCGCUGAUUUUGUAAUGCAGACGGUGUCAUUAAAUUGUGAAGUUAUUU